GAGUGAAUUGGAGAGAAAGCAGUUCCUUCAAGGAAGGGAGCGGAUAUUUCUAUUUUUGUAAAAAACCAAAAAAACAAAAACAAAAAACCCCAAAACGAACAGUGGACAUAAAUGAUUGCAAUUUUCUGUCACAGCUGAGAUUUCUUGAGACAUCCUCCACCGAAAACGGACUGAUUUCCUGCGUCGCGUGGGGGCAAAUUGUUUAAAAAAACUGGGUUCGUUGGAGAAGAAGAACCGCUCCUCUCGAGGCCAGUUAGCUUAGCAAGCUAGCUAGCUCGUCCUGUUUGUUCGUUGAUGUUCGUGGAAUUGGUAGCCACACCAUCGUCUUUUUCGGUCAAUGAUAUAUAAACAAAGAUCAACAACGACUGAAUACAGAUCCGAGAGAGUCCGUGCAGCAGGAGUGAGGCAGCGCUAUAGAGGAGGAAAAUGAGUGAACUGGACCAGUUACGCCAGGAGGCCGAGCAGCUCAAGAACCAGAUCAGAGAUGCAAGGAAAGCCUGUGCAGAUGCUACGCUAUCACAGAUCACGGCCAACGUUGACCCCGUGGGCCGAAUCCAGAUGCGCACUCGACGAACACUCAGAGGCCAUCUGGCUAAAAUCUAUGCCAUGCACUGGGGCACUGACUCCAGGCUCCUGGUAAGCGCGUCUCAGGAUGGAAAACUCAUUAUCUGGGACAGCUAUACCACAAACAAGGUGCAUGCCAUUCCGCUGCGUUCCUCCUGGGUGAUGACCUGUGCGUACGCCCCCUCAGGUAACUACGUGGCCUGUGGAGGCCUGGACAACAUCUGCUCCAUCUACAGCCUAAAGACACGAGAGGGCAACGUACGCGUGAGCCGUGAGCUCGCUGGACACACAGGUUAUCUGUCCUGCUGUCGCUUCCUAGACGACAACCAGAUUGUCACCAGCUCUGGCGACACCACCUGUGCACUCUGGGACAUUGAAACAGGUCAACAGACGACUACGUUUGCAGGUCACACCGGAGACGUCAUGUCCCUGUCCCUGGCCCCUGACACCAGGUUAUUCGUGUCGGGAGCGUGUGACGCGUCCGCCAAGCUCUGGGACAUUCGUGAAGGGAUGUGUCGACAGACUUUCACCGGCCAUGAGUCUGACAUCAAUGCCAUCUGUUUCUUCCCCAACGGCAACGCCUUUGCCACGGGCUCCGACGACGCCACGUGCCGUCUGUUCGAUCUCCGUGCCGACCAGGAGCUCAUGGUGUAUUCCCAUGACAACAUCAUCUGCGGGAUCACCUCUGUGGCCUUCUCCAAGAGCGGACGCCUGCUGCUGGCCGGAUACGAUGACUUCAACUGCAACGUGUGGGACACCCUCAAAGCCGACCGCGCCGGCGUGCUGGCUGGCCAUGAUAACCGUGUGAGCUGUCUUGGUGUUACUGAUGAUGGGAUGGCCGUCGCCACGGGAUCCUGGGACAGUUUCCUCAAGAUCUGGAACUGAGCAGCACACACCAGAUGUCAUGUUGAACUCCAAAGUUGACUGGAAGACCAUUCCAACUUUACAAUGUUAAAUAUCACGGCAUCUUCAACGACAAACACCGUACGAAAAUAAGACUGAGACACCACAAUGAAAAAACAAAAAAAAACAAAAAAAAAAACUUCUAAGGGAAAACAAUGCCUUUCCUACACGAAGAAGAGCACAAUUUGUUCAAUCACCCAGCUGAAAAUAGAGCGAGAGAAGAGAAGAAUGAAUCCCUGUGGUAUCCAACGAAUAACUUUGUGCAUUCCUUCCCGGAUCAGUUUCUGUCAGCCUGUAAGAGAGGAAAAAGAAAAAAAAACAACAAAAAAAAAAACAAACACUAUCAUAACUUGCUGAUGUAUCAUGUGUCUAGAAAGCAAAUGUUGGAGUGUAAUUGUACAAAUUAUUUAACUUUUUUUUGUUUUUUGUUUUGUUUUGUUUUCCUUUGAAGAAUUCUUUGAUCUGACUGAUGGUUUCUGUGAGUUGUUUUUCUUUGUUUCAGGAUAGAGUGUCUGUUAGUCCUGUAUGUCACGGUGUGAGGAGAAAAGGCAGGGGAGGCUGAGAUGUACAGAUAGCUAAAGUGAGGCCUGAAUGAG